UCCCCCCCCAUGGAGCUGACAUGGACUCACCUGGUGCUGGUCCUUUCCUUCCUCUUCUCCGUUGCCAUGACAGCAUGCUUCAUCUGGCAGUACAAGCUGCCCAAACUGGAGGCCGCGUUCGAGGUGCAAGCGGAUAUGCAAGAAGUGGUACAGAUGUGUCCCCGAUACCCGGAGCCCGUCCCCCUGGAGCACCCCGUCACUGUCCUGAAGGAGGCCCUGGGGAAGGUGGACGCGUUUCUGGGUGGCAAGAUCCGGACUCCCGGCCUGCCGGCCAUGUCUGCCAUCGUCACGUACAACGACACCGUCCUCUGGACAGGGAACUUCGGGAGGAAGAACGGAUCGGACCCUUCCUCCCCGGCUCCCAACGAGUACACCAUUUACCGAAUCGCCAGCAUCUCCAAACUCUUCCCGGCACUCAUGUUGUACAAGUUGUGGGAGGAGGGGGAGGUGAGCUCGCUGGACGACCCCCUGGAGCGCUACGUCUCCAACUUCACCAUCAAGAACCCCCUGGGAAGGACUCGCCAGCCCGAGGAGAGGUACAUGGCGGACGGCUUGACCUUCAUGGAGAAAGGGGCGCAGCCCGCCAGGCCCACUGCCGUCACCCUGCGCAGGAUGGCGAGCCAGCUAUCAGGUCUCCCCCGCCGGCUGCGCUCCACCAACCUCCUCUGGAAGGGCAGCACGCAGGACGCCAUCCGCCUGUUACGAGAUGACGUCUUAGUAGCAGAUCCGGGAACAAGGUGCCACUACAGUAACCUGGCCUUCUCCCUGUUGGCGCAUGUCCUGGCUGAGCAGACAUCUGAAGGGGAUUACCAGCGCUGGGUGUCAGACAACAUCCUGGACCGCAUCAACAUGGAGGACACGGGCUUUGACCUAACACCUCCAAUCGUGUCCCAGAUGGCGGUGGGCUUCUACAGCAACGGGCAGGUGGCCCCACUCUACGAUCUGGGCUGGUAUCGCCCAUCGGGGCAGAUGUACUCCACGGCGGCAGACAUGGCUAAGCUGGCUAUGGCGCUCCUGGGGACAUUUCACCGCCGUAUCCUGGAGGCGGACACGCUGAAGACCAUGCUGACGCCGCUCUUCAAAUGUUCCACGGAUUAUUUUGCCAACAAGACGGGAACCCCGUGGGAGGUGAACGAGGAGCUCGGCUACGACAUUGUCCGCAAAGAUGGCGACCUCGAUGGAUACUCCGCAACCUUCUCCGUAGUUCCCAAACUGCGCCUGAGUUUCAUCGUGCUGAUGUCGGGGACGCGGCCUCAGGAGGAAGACAUUGUGUCCCAGACAUAUCACAUCCUCAUUCCUGCUAUGGAAAAGGCCUUCAGAGAGGCGGAGAAACGUCUUAACCCCACCCCCAACCCCACCCCUUACCUGGGAUUGUAUACGUACGCGAACCUAACGUUUUACGAGAUUAAGGUGGGGCACAGCGGCGUGCUGGAGAUGCAGCAGUUCGGUCCUCACAUUCAGGAACUGAUUCCGGAGAUUUACAGAACGAUCCGCCUUCAUUUCUUAGAGGAACGCAUCCUGCAGGUCGUCUUCGACAGGGAGUUCCCGUGCGUCCUGCGGCUGGGAUCCGCCUCCGUCUCCCUGGAAACGCACGACCGCCAACUCUUCAACUUCUACCCCUACAACACACAGGGCCUGUCCCCGGGCUUCGAUGCCCCGGGCCUGAACACCUACAACGUCCAGCGUAUAUAUCACAAACCCGUCUUCCAUAACUAA